AUGGCGGAGAAUCACUGCGAGCUUCUACAGCCGGCUCCGGGCGGUUUCGGGGCGGGGUUGGGGGGCGGCUUGUGCCGCCGCUGCAGCGUGGGGCUCGGCGCCCUGGUCCAGCGCCCCGGAAGCGUGUCCAAGUGGGUCCGGCUCAACGUCGGCGGCACGUAUUUUCUCACCACCCGGCAGACGCUGUGCCGGGACCCGAAAUCUUUCCUGUACCGAUUGUGCCAGGCCGACCCCGACCUGGACUCGGAUAAGGAUGAAACAGGUGCCUAUUUAAUCGACAGAGAUCCCACCUAUUUUGGGCCUGUGUUGAAUUACCUGAGACAUGGAAAGCUGGUCAUUAACAAAGACCUUGCAGAGGAAGGAGUGUUGGAGGAAGCGGAAUUUUACAAUAUCACCUCACUAAUAAAACUUGUAAAGGACAAAAUUAGAGAACGAGACAGCAAAACAUCACAGGUGCCAGUGAAGCAUGUUUACCGCGUACUUCAGUGCCAGGAGGAGGAGCUCACGCAGAUGGUGUCCACCAUGUCCGAUGGCUGGAAGUUUGAGCAGCUGGUCAGCAUUGGCUCUUCCUACAACUAUGGGAGUGAAGACCAGGCCGAGUUCCUCUGUGUGGUCUCCAAGGAGCUGCACAACUCCCCGUAUGGCACUACCAGCGAGCCCAGCGAGAAAGCCAAGAUUUUGCAAGAACGAGGUUCCAGGAUGUGA